AUGUUAUCACAAGAUGCUAUAGCUAAAUUUAAGGAAGUUUUAGUAUAUAGCAUUCAAAAAAAAUUAUCAAACAAUAGUAGUUCUAUGGGACCACAGUGUAUUACUAUUCCAUGUAUGAAAAGUCAGUUUGUGGAUGUUUUUGACACUGAAUCAGAUAUUAAUACCCCCAAUAAUGAAGAUAGUUUAAAACAAAAUCAUAAAAGUAAAAGAUCAACAAAUUUUGAAUUCACAGUUCAAUGGGUAUGA